GCGAUAUGCAGCCAACUUUUCUAGCAAGCAACCUUGCGCCCAGCAAUAAAGUGCAGUGAAAAAUAUAAAAAUAACUAUUUAAAACCGUAAUUUGUUAUACUAAACUAUUGCAUAUGGUAAAUUUAGUGCAUAAGCAUUCUAGCUAAUAUUGUACAUAUAGUGUAUAGUGCAGUUAACUCGCAGCAAUCGCACAGCCUUUGUGGCGGGCAGAGAGAGAGAGACAGCGAGUGAAAAAGUGAGCAGAGAGUGAGGCAGAGGUCAUAUUAAAAAUAAGUAUAUUUUUGGCCCCCCUAAAACGAUUACAAAUAAAAAGCAGAGCAGCACGCAGACCAACGCAAGCAGAAGGCAUACAACAUUUGGGACCAUUCAAUAAAAUGAUAUUGGAAAACUCGGAUAAGCUCAAGGACUGGCUGAGCGUUGUGCUCGAGCCACUCUGCGAUGCUGAUUCCUCGGCUUUAGCGCGCUACGUAAUUGCGUUGCUGAAAAAAGACAAAUCGGAUAAGGAUCUCAAGCGCAUCAUGAUUGAGCAAUUGGAUGUGUUUCUCUCCGAGGAGACUACACGUUUUGUUGAUCGUCUAUUCGAUGCCAUUGCCAGCGAGGAAUAUCUCACGAUGCCCGCUCCUAUGCCAGCGGCAGCAACGUCGGGCAUUGCGGAACUGGAGCUGGAACAUGAUUUGGAUGUUGUGGCCGAUAUUGAGGCUGUGUUGGCUGCCAAUUCAUCGCCGCCACCGCCACCCGCGCCAAAAGAUAUUGUGAUAAAACCAGAUAGCAAUCAACAGCAAAUAACCAGCGAUAACAACAGCAAGGAGACCGCUACGGAAACGUCUAGCGCCGGCGGCAGUGCCUCAAUCGCCACAGAUGCCAACGCAACGGGAACACACAGCACCAAGACAGCCUUCGAUCACAAAACCAAAGACUCUCACAGCCAGCAGCAUCAGCAGCAGCUAGUGCAUCAUCAUCACAGCAGCAGCGGUGGUGGAGGUGGCGUCAGCGCCGCGGGUUUUGUGCGCAGCGCUAGCCCGCCACUGCGCAGCAGCGGUCCAGCUGGUAGUGGCGCCUAUGCCGCCGACAAGGAAAAUCAGCCGCGUGACAGUCGCCGGCGUCGUGCCUCAUUGCGUUCCCGUUCGCGUUCCCGUUCACGAUCCAAUGAUCGCUCGUUUAGACGCUCGCGUUCGCGGGAUCGUCGCAUCAAUGAGCGCGAAAAGAGCCAGAGACAGUUUCGCAAUAAAUCGCCGCCGGGCGGUGCCGGUGAGCAGCGGCACAGACGCAACAACAACAAUAACACUUUUGACAGGCGCCGCAUUGGCAACAACAACAGCAACAAUAACAACGUGGAUGAGCGCAAUCAGCGCUUUGGAGGUAACAAGGGUCGUCACUCGCCGCGAAGUCGCUCCAUAUCGCCGGAAUCGCGCAAUGCUCGCCGCAGCAACAACAUAGAACCAGCUGCCAGCUCGUCCGCCUCAGUGGCAGCAUCAGCGCCCGUGCCGGUGCCUGUAACGCAUCCAGUGGCUGCAAUGGUCCGUCAGCGUUGCCGCGACUUCGAUGAGAAGGGCUAUUGUGUGCGUGGCGAGACAUGUCCAUGGGAUCAUGGCAUUAAUCCAGUAGUCUUUGAGGGCAUUAACAAUUCAGCACUAAUGAUGUCUAUGCGCGAGUACAAUCCAGAUGCGCCUGAGAUUUGGGCACGCGGUGGACCAGCCGGUGUGCCAGGCGUGCCUGCCGCAGGCCCAGGCAAUCAACAGGCGUUGCCAGUACCGCCCCAGGCUGGCCCAAACAACAUUAAUCCGUUCAGUGGCAAUGUGCGUGCAUGUGCACCUUUGGGUGUACCCAAUCCCGCUGAUUACGCACGACAGCCUGGCCAAGCGCCACAAGUGCCCGCACCACCGCCAAUGAUGCCAUUUCCCUUUAAUCCUACAGCCGUGACAACACCCCUACAGCGCCAACUCAUACCUAUACCCGUGAUGGAUGGCGGCGCUGGAGGUGCCGGCGGCGGUGGUGGCAUGGCCGCUGAGAUGGGCAAACGGCGCUUUGAGCUGGAGGAUAGCGUGGCCAUAGCUGAUGUGCCCAGCAAGAUGCGCAAGGUGCCCAUCAAUAGUCGCCUUGGACCGCGCGUCAAUCCGAAUAUGCAGCAGCACAAUAGCUCCCUGGAGCUGCGCAAAGUGCCGCGUGGCCUAAAUACAAUUGCGCAUCUGAACAAUCAUUUUGCUAAAUUUGGUAAAAUUGUUAAUAUCCAAGUGUCAUAUGAGGGUGAUCCUGAGGCGGCCAUUGUUACGUUCUCCACGCAUGCGGAGGCGAAUGUAGCCUACCGCAGCACCGAGGCGGUACUCAAUAAUCGCUUUAUCAAAGUCUUCUGGCACAACGACAACAACAGCAAUAGCAACAACAACAACAGCAAUGAGGCGGGCAACUCGAAUGUGAAUCGCAAGAGUCAAUAUCACUUGCAUAAUGUGCCCGCGGUACCGACGCCGAAUGCGGACAGCGCCAAGAUUACCAACAACAGCAAUAAUGCCAAUCAGACCCAACCCCUUGGCGAAACGGGCAGCUUAAAUAAUGCUUUGACAGUGCCCACAACGGAACAGGCGCUUGCCAGCACCGCAGCGCCCGCAUCCAUGCGUCUAAAGCUCAAUACAAACGCCACACCCAAUGCGGCAGCAAACGGUGGCGUGCGGGCGCUAACGCCGGCGGCAAAUGCGGCGAGCAUACGCAAAAAACAAGAAGAACAACAGAAGGCAAUGCAUCAGCUGGCGAAUGGGCUGCGUAAGCGCAAGCAAGAACUACUCCAGAGCUAUGUGAAACAAAUGAAAACGGCGCUUGAACUAGUCGAACGCAUGGAUCAGCAGGAUGUGCAGCGUGCGCCGACGCUGGAAACGAUCAAAGUACUACAGGCGACAAUUGAUAAGCUGCGCAAGGAUGUGCACGCCGAUCAGGAUCAGCUGCAGGCGCAAAUCCAGCAACAACAACAGCAGCAACAACAACAACAAACGCUGCCCGUUAAGAAAACCAAAGAGCAACAAAAGAAGGAACUGCUCGACAUGGAACUGGAGCUGAUUGCCCAGCAGCAGGAAGGAAAUGAUACAACGGCCAUACAGAAACGUUUAGAGGAGCUGCAGCGCACGCUCUCAGCCACAGCUGGUGGCGGCGCAUUGUCUGGCGGUGGUGCCAAAUUGCCCGGUGGCGGUGCACGCAAACGUGCCACAUAUCCUGAAGGCUCCACGCGUGUAGAUCGACGAACAAAAGCGAUUGUGGUCACCGGCUUUGCAGCCGAGGAAGCCGAUUUUGUGCUGGGUCACUUUAAGCAUUUCGGCGAAAUAUCGAAACACGAUGUGGACCGUGAGAUUCCCCAGCUGAUACUCUCCUAUGCUACGCGUCUAAAUGCCGAGCAAGCAGUGCUCCGCGGCAAAAUGUACAAAGACAAACGGUUGCAGAUAUCCUGGGCCCCCGUGGUGGCGGCUCCGGCCGCUGUGCCCAUGGGCGCACCGGCUGAUAAAUCGCCGACAGCGUUGGCCUCACCGGCUGGCGAUAAACUGGAUAAUCCCAAGCAAUUGUUGCAUUCAUCGGUCAGCGAGAGCGAAUCUGUGCUGGGCAGCGAUACACUGCCAGAGCUGCGGCUCGAGGAUGAGGAGGAGGACGAAGAGUCUGAGGAUCGUUCCUGGCGUCGUUGAUGUAACGCCAUGCGCUGCUCCUAGUGGCUGGUUACCUCCAUGCGGCUCAUAAUCGUUAGAAAAGCAUUAACUGUAU